UCAGGUUAGCAGUAGUGAGCUGCAGACAUCCUUACUUUUGCAGCUUUUGUUGUCUCCCCUGAAGUCUGCGUGGAAAUGGCACAGUGCAGCCAGGAUGCUUACAACAAGAGCUUCUGUAACGAAGAAAUUGACGAAGAAAAUGUGAUUUUAACGCUGGUCCCAGUGACGGAGGAACCCACCAUUGAACUGUCGACCGAAUCAAUUUUUUCUUCACCCAUAGGCCUCCAGCCAGCAGUGCCCCCCGAGCCAGCUUCUGAGGCUAGCAAACCUCCAGUAUCCCUACAAGGGCCCCACCUGCCAGCUGUGCUACCUCCCAUUAAUGAUGUGUCCCGGAACACUCUUCGGGAAUGGUGUCGCUAUCACCACCUGAGUACAGAUGGGAAGAAAAUUGACGUUUACAAGAGACUCCAGAAAAACUCAUAUUCGAAACAGCAAUGCCACAUUCCCGAUACAUCUCUUGAAGCCAGACUGAAGCCUCUUCCCAGGAAACCCAAGACUGUUGUCACGAAAGGAUCCAAGCCUGAAAAUCUCAAGAGUAGUAGGCAGAGAGAGGAGACCGGUAUAGUUGAAGUGAUAACUUCAGAAAGGGAGUCCGUAUUCGCAGCCUGGGGAAGGAUAGCCAUGAGAGCCACCCAGCCUAGAACUGUGAACCGACAACCUCUUCCUUCUAAUGUAAAGGCCUUUCUGCCCCCAGCCACUGGAUGCAGGUGGUGUGUUGUCCACGGCAGAAUGCUCCCUGCAGAUAAGGCAGGCUGGGUUUACCUGCAGAUGCACGCCGGUCAUGCCUGGGUUCCAGACUCUCCCCAGAGGAUGAUCUGUCUCUUUCUAUUACCAGCCUGUGUUUUCCCAACCCCAGGAGUGGAAGACAAUCUGUUAUGUCCUGAAUGCGUCCACAGCAAUCGGAAGAUGUUGAGAAAUUUUGCAAGCGAGAAACGCUCUGCGAAGAAAUACAAAAAGCUGUCUCCAAAUUUGCCACCUUAGACCGAUGUCAAGAUCUUCUGCUCUGAGGUGAAAGGAAGAGCCCUACAAUGGCUAAGAAACUGGACAUCCAUCUCUGCAGAAACUGGACAUCCAUCCCUGGGUUGGACUUGCUCA